UAGCCAUUUGUGUCGUGUCCCCGUCGUCCCAAAAUGUCCGUCUACGAAAUGCAGUUACCAACGAAACAAUGCGAUUCGAUGGCCUUUUUGGAGCUCGACAAGUCGUGCUUGCUGAAAGCGGACGAGUUCCCCGGCUCAAAGUCGGCAUUCAUCCGGGACGACAAUGGAAAACUUAUUGCGAAGCAAACAAUCUUGAAAUAUCUGCCUACUCAAGCAUACUGUAUUUAUUCCGACUGUAGCGAUGCCGUUGCUGGAAAGAAUAUUCGAGUCAAAGAAGAGGAUGACGACGUUCAUCAGCUGAAGCUUGUCUCCAUCGAUAAGGAAAUAGAGAACCGGCGACUUCUACCACUCUUCGUGCAAUUUCACCACAGAGCCGAAGCAAGGCCGGCCGAAGCGCAUCUGUCAGAUCGGCUUGCCGAGAGUGCACUUGGACGAUUUAACCUCGAACUCAAGAAGAACGUCACACACGAUUCUUUCGAGGAAUCGGACUCGUGGAGGGAUGAGGCCGGUUUUAUUGUCACUGACCGGAAUCGUUUCGCCUUCGUCACCUAUAAAACAGCCUCGCUACUUUCGUCACUCACUCCCUGCGCUAUCACUAUCACCAAAUUCGACCCCAAAGAUCUCGAAAUUCUUUGCGAUUUUGACGCUUCCGUCUGUGGAUUCACUAGGGAGGAUGCUGUAGAGUUCAUCGCUGCUAAUUCAACAGUAUACGUUGCAAAAGGUGACGGCGUUAUCGAUGGAAUGAUCGCUGCUAAAGGCAACAGGAUCCUGGCGCUUUAUGCCGAGACUUUGGAGAUUGCCCAUGCUUUGAUGAAGCACUACAUCGUUUCUAAUAGGAUCACUCAGGUAUCGUUUUUCACUAUGGAUAAUGUAUGGGAAUGUAAGCCUAUGUCUUCGCGAUGUGUUCACCGACGUCACACAAGGACUGUGCCAUCGAAUAUUAAGUGGAAUAAGGUCUUCGCAUUAAACAUGGGAUUCCACAUUGUAUAAAAAGACCGCGGAGGUGACUGCCGUAAAAAUGUUCAAACUGAGAAUUAGCGUUUCCGCUAGAAGAUGCCCAUCCAAAAAGCCUUUCACCAACUAUCUGAGAUCUAUAAUGUUCCAAAUGUGAUUCAUAUGUCUGCUAAUCUGUGGUUAUAAUACUGCGUCAAUAAUCGUGUAUACC